AUGGAAUGCCGAUUUUCAGCUUCCUUGCUUUUCCUCAUUCCUUUACUCUUGUUGCUGUUACUUUGGCUCGCAAAGCCAAAAAACAAAGCUAAGAUCCAAAUCCCAGGGCCAAGGAAGCUUCCUGUAUUGGGAAACCUUCAUCAGUUAGCAGCAGCAAGCUCUUCACUUCCACACCAUGCUCUUCAUGAGCUAUCCCUCAAACACGGACCUCUCAUGCACCUUCAACUUGGUGAACUUUCUACAGUGAUAGUGUCAUCCCCUGAAAUGGCCAAAGAGAUUAUGAAGACACAUGAUCUUGCCUUUGUUCAGAGGCCACAAACUUGUAAUGCUAAGAUUCUGUCUUAUGGAGCAACUGAUAUUGCUUUUGCCCCUCACAGUGAUUACUGGAGACAGAUGAGGAAAAUAUGCACGUUAGAACUCCUAAGUGCCAAGAAGGUUCAAUCAUUCUCCUUUAUACGACAGGAUGAGGUAUCUAAGCUCAUAAAGUCAAUUCAAUCAUCAAGAGGUUCAGUUGUGGAUCUCACAAGCAAGAUUUACACUUUGACAAAUUCUAUAGUUUGGAGGGUAGCAUUUGGAGACAAAAGUAAAGAUGGUGAAGAGCUUGUGAAAUUGCUCCAUUCAGCAUUGGAACAAUUGGCACGGUUUCAAUUUGCUGAUUUAUUUCCUUCACUGAAACUUAUUCAUUUCAUGACUGGAAUGAACACAAAGCUGAUGAAGAUUCACAAGAAAUUUGACAAGGUUUUAGAGGACAUUGUCCAAGAGAAUCAAAAGAAGCAUAUGAGAGGAGGAGAUGAGAGUGCCUUGGAAGAAGAAAAUCUUGUUCAGGUUCUUUUACGAAUUCAGCGAAGUGAAAGCCUUGAUGUCCCGAUUACAACUGACAACAUUAAAGCUGUUAUUUCGGAUAUGUUCAGUGGUGGAACUGAUACUUCAGCAGCUGUAUUGGAGUGGGCUAUGUCAGAACUGAUGAGCAAUCCACGAGUGAUGAAAAAGGCACAAGCUGAGGUUAGAAAUGCUUUUAGAGGAAAGAAAGUAAUUCAUGAUAGUGAUGUGAUGCAACUUAGUUACUUAAAAUUAGUAAUCAAAGAAACUUUGAGGCUACACCCACCGGUUCCUUUACUGAUCCCAAGAGAAUGCAGAGAAACUUGUCAGGUUAAUGGAUAUGAGAUACCCGUCAAAACUCAAGUUAUAAUAAAUGCAUGGGCACUCGGAAGAGAUUCAAAAUAUUGGUAUGAUGCUGAGAGGUUUAUACCAGAGAGGUUCCAAGGCAAUUCUGACAUUGAUUUCAGAGGAACAAACUUUGAGUACAUCCCUUUUGGAGCAGGAAGAAGAAUGUGUCCAGGCAUUUCAUUUGGUUUAGCAAGUAUUGAGCUUCCUCUAGCCAGCUUAUUGUGCUACUUUGAUUGGGAAUUCCCAAAUAGAGUGAAACCUGAAGAUUUAGACAUGACUGAAACAUUUGCCACUACAGCUAGAAGGAAAAAUAAUUUGUGUUUGAUUCCCACGCCAUACAGGAUUGAUCCCCUUCUUGGCACUUCCUAGUGAAGAAUCUGGCUUUGAAUCUAUCUGUCUGUCUGUCUGCAUAAGUAUAAGGAUGUGUUUGCUAAGUUCUGUUAUUAGACUAUUAAAUCUAUUGGCUAGUCAAACAUGAAUUUUGCGUGGGUCAGGAGCUUCCCGGUCUGUUAUAGAAAGGGGGAAAUUUGGAUAACCAUCCAGUUGUUUUGGAUUAACGGUAGAUGCAUUUUCACAUUUCCAUUUGUUUGAAAGUUUUGUAAACGCGUGCAUUGGAUGUAUUUUGAAUAAGUGGAUUUGGUUAAUAUUUGUGUUCUUUUCAA